AUGGCUCUAAAUGCUACGGAAUGCUACGAGAUAGACAACACAUUUUCAUACUACGCUCAGGAAUGUCGUGAUGGCUUUGACUUUACGCUCUUAUUCGAGCAGACUGUAUUGACGGCAUUGCCAUUGGGACUUUUGGUCCUGGUUGCUCCGGCUAGGAUUUGGUAUCUUUCCAAAAGAUCCAAAAAGACAACUACAAGCUUACUACUACCACUUAAAGUUGCAUUAUAUGCCGGACUUGCAGCUUCGCAGCUUGCUGUAUUGACUUUGUGGACUCUUCCCUCCGCCAAAAGAACAAAUGCUUCGAUCCCGGUCCAAGCAGUCUCGUUGGCUGCAACCGCCAUCUUCUGUCUACUAUCUUAUUUUGAGCACACUCGCACCAUUCAUCCGUCGUCUCUACUCGACGUUUUCUUCUUUUUGACGUUGUUAUUUGACAUUGCACAAUGUCGAACACUAUGGUUACGGGGUUCUGGAUUUUAUGGGAAUACUAUUGCCAUUCUGUUUAGUGUUUCGGUAGCUAUGAAGAUGUUUCUGUUGAUAUUGGAGGCACUAGAGAAACGGCGGGUCUUACGCGCAGAAUACAAAGCUAGCCCACCGGAAGCCACGGCAAGUAUUUUCAACAGAAGCUUCUUCUGGUGGCUAAAUCCUUUGUUCAUGAGGGGAUUCACGUCUCUGCUUCGUAUGGAUGAUUUGUUCGAGGUCGACAAACAGAUGCGUUCAGAGUACGUACAUGAGCGGAUGGAGCAGGCAUAUAACAAAGUCACCAAAAAGUCACCAAACACGUUACUCAUGGUGUCACUGAAGACCUUGAUAUGGCCAGUUCUGGCGGUCAUUCCUCCUCGAGCAUGCCUGGUUGCGCUCAACUUUACUCAGCCGCUGCUCAUCAACCGUUCUGUCUUAUUAUCUGUAGAUAGCGUGACACCGUGGACGACACAUGUUGGCUAUGGCCUGAUCGGCGCAUACAUCCUGGUAUACGUCGGAUCCGCUAUCGCCAUGGGUAUGUAUCAGCAUCUGGCUUAUCGCUCUAUCACCAUGGUUCGAGGCGGUUUAAUAUCGAUGCUCACUCGCAAAACCACGUAUCUCAGUGUGCGAGAUGUGGAUCCCGCUGCAUCCUUGACUCUGAUGAGUGCCGAUGUUGAGCGAAUCGUCCAAGGAUGGCAGACAAUGCAUGAAAUGUGGGCCAAUUUGGCUGAGAUCGCUGUCGCUAUUGUCCUACUAGAAGGACAGCUUGGUAUAUCAUGUCUUGUUCCCGUUGGUGUCUCAAUCUUCUCCCUGGUUGCUUCCAUUCUAGCAUUGAAUUUUGUGAUAUCGCGUCAGGCACGUUGGCUAGAAGCGAUUGAAAGACGUAUUUCCGCCACGACGGCAAUGCUUGGCUCCAUGAAAGGGAUCAAGAUGACCGGAUUGAAAAACGUCCUGUUUAAGAGUAUCCAUACGUUGCGUAUUGAUGAGCUGAAUAUCUCAAAAGGCUUCAGACGUUUGUUGAUCUGGAACAUGGGAAUAGCCUACAUAUCUCAGAUCUUUGCUCCCAUUAUCACGUUUGCUGUUUUUGUUACCGUUUCGCAUAAUCAUGGCGACGAUGUAGCACUCAACACAGCUAGAGUUUACACGGCGUUGUCAAUUUUUGCCUUAAUGACUGACCCAAUCACCACUUUGGUCAUGUCAUUGUCUGCUUUUGUCGGAUCAGUUGGAUCUUUCCAACGUAUUCAGGAAUUUUUGGAAAAGGAUGUCCUCGUUGACAAGCGUGAGACUUCUUCAGGGCACAGUUCAUCAGACGAAUUCAUCAAAAGUAGCACGCCUAAUAACUCGGAAAAAUCCAGUAUCACGACCAAUGAGGCCGAUCUGACAAGGAGCAAAACCCCUCGAUCACAAUCUCCCACCGCAAGGGAUUUGAUCGUGGUCCAAAACUCGGACUUUGGCUGGGAUCCAGAGAAAGACCCCAUACUCAAGUCAAUCACAAUGUUCGUACCCGAAAGUAAGAUCUCAAUAAUUGUCGGACCAGUUGGCUGUGGAAAAUCUACCCUGCUGAAGGCUAUUCUGGGGGAAAUUCCACCCAUGAAUGGUUCCGUAUACGUGGCCACUGAUCAGGUAGCUUAUUGCGAACAGACGGCAUGGCAUGUCAAUGAGACAAUUAGGAACAGUGUAAUCGCAGCGAGUGAAUUUGAUGAGCGGUGGUAUAGCACUGUGCUGCAAGCUUGCGCUUUGCAUGAAGAUUUACGACAGUUGCCUCAGGGUGACCAGACAAUGAUUGGUAGCAAAGGCAUUGCUCUAAGUGGAGGCCAAGCUCAACGUAUAGCACUGGCAAGGGCUGUAUAUGCGAAGAAAAAGCUUGUCAUUCUCGAUGAUCCAAUCAGCGGACUUGAUACCGCGACUGAAAAUCACAUCUGGCAUAGCCUAAUGGGCAAGUCUGGUAUUUGGAGGGAGAUGCAGGUAACCGUGUUGAUGACUUCUUCAUCAGUUAAACGUCUUCCAUACUCGGAUUAUGUCUUUGUGAUUGACGAAAAAGGUACCAUCUCUGAACAAGGUCAUUUCGAUACCCUGGCAGCUACUGGUGGCUACGUGUCAAGCUUCCAUCUAGGGGAACCUGAUUGGAACUUUACCCCGGAUGAGCGCAGUUACCACGUACCGAGCGUUGAUCAUAAGGAGAAAGUUAUUCAGACGAAUGACGAUCUAGAAGUAGAGGCCAAUCGGGCGACGGGCGACUUUACCAUUUACAGAUACUACUUUGACUCAGUGGGCUGGAUUGGGAUUAUUGUUUUCCUUGUGUGUAUUUCGGGAUUUGUUUUUUGCAUUUCUUUUCCAAGUAUCUGGGUCAAAUGGUGGGCUGCUUCCAACGUACAAUAUCCAUAUGAGAAGUCUGGAUACUAUAUGGGGAUAUAUGCAAUGCUUGGUGUACUUGCUUUGAUUACGCUAUGCAUUAGUUGCUGGCAACUCAUUAUUACCAUGGUACCCAAAUCUGGAGAGAGAUUUCACUCGACAUUGCUCAGUACUGUUCUGAGUGCGAAAACAUCUUUCUUUGCUUCCACGGAUACCGGGGUCACAUUGAACAGAUUCAGUCAGGAUUUACAGCUAAUCGACAUGGAACUACCAGUUGCUGCACUGAACACUUUUGCCACACUCGUUUUGUGUAUUGCGCAAACAACAUUGAUUGGAGUGGCUUCUCCAUAUACAGCCAUCUCAUUCCCAAUUGUUUUGAUUGCUCUCUAUUUCAUUCAAAAGUACUAUCUCCGGACUUCGCGGCAGCUACGAUUCAUGGACCUUGAAGCCAAGGCUCCACUUUACUCCCAAUUCACCGAAUGCCUCAGUGGUCUCGUAACCAUUCGAGCAUUCGGCUGGCAAAAAGCAAUGGAGGACAAGAGCCGAGAGCUACUCGAACGGUCUCAACGUCCUUUCUAUCUCCUAUUUGCUGUACAAAGAUGGCUCACGCUUGUUUUGGAUUUGGUUGUCGCUGGUAUCGCCACAGUACUGAUCAUCCUUGUGGUUGAAAUGCGUGGCUCCAUUAGCGCAGGCUAUGUGGGUGUUGCGUUAUUCAAUAUCAUCCAGUUCAGUCAAAGUAUUAAGCUUCUGAUUACAUUCUGGACGAAUUUGGAGACUCAUAUCGGCUCUAUUGCACGUGUCAAGAUCUUCAAUGAAACGGUCAAGUCUGAGGAUUUAGAGACUGAGAGUCGGCCGGUGCCAGCCGCUUGGCCCGCUCAGGGGGCUAUUGAGUUUAAAGGGGUUUCUGCUAGUUAUAGACCUGAGGAACCUAUCUUGAAAAAUAUUGAUCUGUCAAUCCGAAGCGGCGAGAAGAUCGGCAUCUGUGGCCGGACUGGAAGUGGCAAGAGUUCUUUGGUGCUGGCCAUCUUCCGUAUGGUAGAACUAUCCGGAGGAAGCAUCAGCAUCGAUGGUAUUGAUCUCUCAACUAUCCCUCGUCAAGAGAUCAGGGCAAGAAUUACCGGCGUCGCUCAAGAUCCGUUUCUGAUCAAGGGCAGUGUCCGACUAAAUGCCGACCCCAAUGGCACCGCAACCGAUGACCAAAUUACAGACGCGCUCCGAAGCGUUCACUUACUUUCGAUCGUCCAAGAAAAGGGCGGCUUGGACAUGGAUAUCGAAGAACUCCAUCUCUCACAGGGGCAAAAGCAAUUGUUCUGUCUCGCUCGAGCCAUGCUGCGCCAUAGCAGUAUCUUGAUCCUCGACGAGGCUACGAGCAAUGUCGACUCCAAAACCGACGAAAUCAUGCAACGCGUCAUCCGCGAAAAAUUCAGCAACCACACCAUCCUUGCCGUAGCGCACAAACUCGACACAAUCCUCGACUUCGAUAAAGUCGCCAUGCUCGAAGCGGGAGAAUUGAUCGAAUUUGACGAUCCGUAUACAUUGCUGUCGACGGACUCGGCGUUUAACAGAUUGUAUACGUAUAGUAUGGCGGAUGAAGACGAGAAGGAUGGCGGGAUAAAUGAAAUCGAGGUUAUUGUCAGAGAUAUUUCGUCGCGGACGACUGCCACGACGUCGACGGCGACGCAGUCAAAUCGGGCGUCGAGUGAAAAUGGGCGAGGACAGAGUCAUUAUACAUAUCCUUAA